GUCGUUGAAUGCCAACAAAGCAUGAAAACCAUUCUCAGAGACCCCAAUCUCUCCAAAAGUGGGCGAUUUCUGUUUGGAAUUCAUGGAUUUUGUUUUUGAAAUUUAGGGCUUCCAGAGGGGCCUUUCUUGUUUUGGGAAAGGGCUCUUGGAAGAGAGAGUAGCUUUUUGGAGAAAAGAAGUUCUAGAGAGAGGAUGAAAGUGUUGUUUGGGAGCCCAGGGAGGCUGAGUGGGCUUGUUCUGAGAAUGGGACAGUGUUCUUUUGCUGCUUCUUCUAUUGGGAUAAUGCUAUCUGCUUCUGGGUAUUCUGCUUCCACUGCCUUCUGCUACUUAAUUGCCUCCAUGGGCCUUCAAAUCCUGUGGAGUUUCGCACUUGCGUGCGUUGAUAUGCAAGCUUUAAGAUUAAGAAGAAACCUUCAACAUCCUGUCUUGCUGAGCCUAUUUGUUGUUGGUGAUUGGGUGACAUCUCUCCUCUCGCUUGCAGCUGCAAGCGCGUCGGCUGGUGUGGUUCUCCUGUAUGCAAGAGACUUGAAUUUCUGCAGCUCAAUAAUCCAUCCUCCCUGCACCAAAUUCCAAAUUUCUGUAGCUUUGGCCUUCAUCUCCUGGUUCCUCCUGGCCAUAUCUUCUUAUGUCAUGUUUUGGCUGUUGUGCUCAGUUUGAAUGACUCAUUCUUCUCCAUUGCCAUGUACAUAGAGAUUUUGCUCUUCGAAAGACCAGCAAUGCAAUCAAUAUGGGGCCAUGAUAUGGAUUGAUUCAAGUUGCCUUCUUUGUGGAUACCUGUCUUAUUCAUGAUUAUAAAGUAUAUCUUGACGUGUCCCCUCCAUUAAGCUAGCGGAAGAAGACAUGGAUCUGAAACAGGGCUACACACACACACUAUUGCUCAUCAGAAAAAAGCAGAUGCUUGUGAAGGGAAGAAGAACAAACAUGCAUCUCAGCAACGACAGAGUCAGUGUCUGGGUUGGGAAAUUGUACUGCUGCAAUUCUGUUGAAAAAUACACAAAGGCCACCUGAUACAAGAGAGACCCAGGCAUCUGUAUGCAAGAGGGAUAUCAUUAUUCUGGAAAUGCUAAAAUUGUAAUACUCGUACAGAUGAUAAAAGAGACAAGCUGAUGGUUUUUAUUUCUAUAUACACUAGGAUUAUUACACAA